AUGUCUCCAGUGGAAGUGCAACAGUAUGACUAUAUUGUUAUCGGAGGUGGCAGCGGUGGGAGUGGAAGCGGCCGUAGGGCUGCAGCAUGGUAUGGGGCAAAGACACUAAUCAUUGAGAGUGGAAAGGCUGGUGGCACUUGCGUUAACGUUGGAUGUGUGCCCAAGAAAAUGACCUGGAACUUCGCCACCAUUAAUGAAACUAUCGAUGCUGGCCGACAUUAUGGCUAUGGGAUCCCUGAACAUGUGGGCAAGGAUUUCAAGCACUUCAAAGAGGCCCGCGACGCAACCAUUGCUCGGUUGAAUGGUGUCUAUGAGCGGAAUUGGGACCGGGAUGGAAUUCGCCUGGUUCACGGCAGGGCCCGCUUUGUUGGAUCCCGAACUAUUCAGGUCCAACUAGUCAACGGAGAAAUAGCGCAUUAUACAGCCCCUCACAUUCUUAUCGCUACCGGCGGUCGCCCUAUUGUUCCUCCUAUCAAGGGUGCCCAUCAUGGCAUUACUAGUGACCAGUUCUUUGAUAUUGCCGAGCUUCCCGCCAAAUUCGCCGUUGUUGGUGCAGGGUAUAUCGCAGUGGAGCUGGCAGGUAUUAUGGCUGCUAUCGGUGUUGAAACACACAUGUUUAUUCGAGGCGAGCACUUCCUGCGCAAGUUUGAUCCGAUGAUACAGACCACUAUGAUUGACCGCUAUGAGGCGAUGGGUGUCCGCAUUCAUAAACACUAUUCAGGCUUCAGCGAGGUGCAGCUACUGCAGGACGGAGUGGGUCAGGACAAGUUGCUCAAACUAGUUGGUGGUGAUGGGUAUGAGUUGGUAGUUAACGAGCUUCUGUGGGCUGUUGGCCGUACCCCUGAGAUUGAAGGCCUAGAUCUUCAUGUUCCUGGUGUGAAGUGCAAGCCAUCUGGCCAUAUCAUUGUGGACGAGUUUCAAAACACAAAUACAAAGGGCAUUUAUGCUAUUGGUGAUGUUACUGGACAGGCAGAGCUGACACCUGUUGCUAUCGCAGCUGGCCGUCAGUUGGCUAGUCGCCUUUUUGGUCCCCCCGAGAUGCAGGAUGCCAGGCUCUCAUAUGAGAAUAUCCCAACGGUCGUCUUCGCGCACCCCGAAGUCGGUACCGUUGGGCUCACCGAGCCACAGGCUCACGAGCGCUAUGGCAACGCCGUCAGGGUCUACAGCACCAAAUUCACUGCGAUGUUCUAUGACCUAAUGCCCACCGAGGAGAAGAAAAAGAACCCAACACAGAUGAAAAUUAUCUGCGUAGGUACUGAGGGAAAAAUAGUCGGCCUGCAUAUCUUAGGGCUCGGCGUGGGAGAGAUGUUGCAGGGAUUCGCUGUAGCAAUCAAGAUGGGUGCCACGAAGAAAGACUUUGACAACUGUGUUGCCAUCCAUCCAACCAGCGCGGAGGAAUUGGUGACAAUGAGCUAA